UCGUGCGACAACAUGCAAGGAAGGAGAUCCUGGUGAAUGGCAUGCAUGUGAGCGUUUGGGGAGCAACUCUUCAUACAAAAACAGGUUUACAGAUUUUUGGGCUGACAUCUAAACCUAGACAUGUGUUUUGUAAUUUAAAAUAGUCUUGUAUGCAUCGGGUUGUUGGUGUUAUUGCGUGCGCCGUGAAAAGGAGGCACAGUUUACAUGCUUGUGGGACCAAAGUAGUCAGAGCUUCUCCCAUAUCAAUUGGUAUCAAAGGCACAAAUAGAGGUGGGUCAUUAACGUUGGGUUACAGUGUCGAUGUCGAUAACCGUUUAGUUUUUCUACCUGUAAACACAGCUAGCAUUUUUUUGCGAAUUCAUAGCUCUGCCCUUCACUCACAUGCAAUGGAGUCAGAGGAAAACUCCACUCCAUCAGCUGCCAACACCAGUGGCUCAGUAAAUGUCGUGGGCAAAGAUGUGAACGAUGCAGGCGACAAACGCAAGAGUGCAAAUAUGGACACUGAAGAGUCUGAAGAGAAACGUGGUCGAAAAAAACGAAAGAGAGGAGGAGGAGGAAAGCAGCUUAAACCUGGAGAGAGAUACGUACCCCCUCCCCAGAAGCGCAGGCAAGGUGUCAGUUUUGGUCAAGAACAUUUUGACGAGACUUCAUACUAUUUUGAAGGGGGCCUUCGUAAAGUCCACCCAUAUUUCUACGACUUCUCAACUUAUUGCAAAGGACGUUGGAUUGGCAAGACACUCCUGGAGGUUUUCAGCACUGAGUUCAGAUCUGAGUCCGUGGAGUACUACCAGAAGGCUGUCAAGGCUGGCCGAAUUCGCCUGAACAACACACCUGUUGAUGACUUGAAUAUAACACUGAAGAAUAAUGAUUUGAUGAGAAAUACAGUUCAUCGGCAUGAACCACCAGUGGUUGGUCAUCCCCUUGUCAUCAUUGAGGAGAAUGAGGAGGUGGUGGUGGUGGACAAGCCUGCCUCACUGCCUGUGCAUCCGUGCGGACGGUUUCGCCACAACACGGUCAUCUUCAUCCUGGGAAAGGAGAAAGGACUGUCUGAGCUCCACACUGUCCACCGCCUAGAUCGCCUCACAUCGGGGAUCCUUCUCUUUGCUCGCACUCUCGAGGUAUCACAGAAGCUGGAUCAGAUGGUGCGAGACCGACAGCUGGAGAAGGAAUAUGUGUGUAGAGUGGAGGGUGAGUUCCCAGAAAGGGAGCUAGUGUGCGAGGAGCCCAUCCUGGUGGUGUCCUUCCGGGUGGGCGUGUGUCGCGUGGACCCCAAAGGCAAGCCCAGCCGCACCGUCUUCCAGAGACUCAGCUGGAACGGCCACUCCAGCGUGGUCCGCUGCAGGCCCGUCACCGGACGCACCCACCAGAUCCGCGUCCACCUGCAGUACCUGGGCUACCCCAUCCUGAACGACCCAGUCUACGGGUCAUCCGCCUGGGGUCCCAACCGUGCCAAAGGUGGGCUGGUGGGUAUGUCGGAUGAGGAGCUCCUGGACGCUCUCGUUCAGGAGCACCGGACGAAGGAGAGCCUGCACUUGUUGGACAUGCCGGAUGAGAACCUUGACGUGAUGGGAGACAAAGCUAAAUUGGGCGAAGGCACUGCUGCCCUGGUGAACGCCUGUGAGGAUAACAAACAGGGACUCUCUGAUGUGUCAAAUGCGCCUACAGAUGCGAAGCAGUCAGAUGACGGAGGUCAUAAAAUCCACGAAGACCGGUCAUGUACCAAAGUCACUGACAGUACAGAGACUGUAGCUGAGGGUGAGCAAGUCACUCAGAAAGCCGGGUCGGAAGGCUUAACAUCUUCAUCAGUGGGUCCAAACCCUUCAUUAGAUCCUUUGUGCCAAGAGUGUAAGAUUGUACGACGCGAUCCUACAGAGAAGGAACUUGUCAUGUACCUUCAUGCUCUGAAAUACAAAGGACCUGGUUUUGAGUACUCUUCCAGUAUGCCUGACUGGGCAAAAGAAGACUGGGUUGAAGAUUGAUGUAGACAAUUGAUUGAUGAAUUCGAAUGAUGUUUAAUUUUUUAUUCUUUCAAUUUGAAACAGAUCAUAUCAGGCCAUUGUUUUCAUUAUAAAGGACAUUAAAAUGAAGACAUUUACUUCAUUAUUACCAAAAUUGUUUGAUCUUUGUAAAGCUUUGUUCCAGAAAGUACAUUCUGUCUGAUAUUUAUUUAACGAACAGAGAGCAUCUGUCUGCAGAUGUAAGUGGAUGGCCUUUUAUUAUUUUAAAUAAAAUGAACUUUGAGCUGUUUAGCACUCAUG